AGUCCAAGCAUUACGGUAUCGGUGUCACACACCGGAAGUGCCAUUGUUUUGUAGCUUUUAGCAGGCAACACCAGCGACUGUAUCGUUACCCAAAUUAGUCGACUUUUUUUUUUACCGGCAGAGAAGUAUCGUUACCCAAAUUAGUCGACUUUUUUUUUAACCGGUAGAGAAGUGUUUGCUCCACGGCUAAGCAAGCAAACAUGCCGACGGACACUUUGAACAUAGAGUCUCAGCUCUCGUCCAUCAUGGACGUCCUGGUGAAAGCGGCGGUGUUAGAAAUAAGUCAGCUCUUCUCCGAGAGCUCGUCGUCCCUGCGGCUCCACCUCAACCAGAGCCUGCGGGACAACGAGAACCUGAGGACGAGGAUGAAGGUGAUGCGGGGCGAGCUCUUCUCCCUCCGCCUGCAGACCAGAGCCAACCGGCCGCUGAGUCGCGUCGCCACCUUCAAGGCGAACGCGCCCAAAGCCCGCAGCAAAACAACAGUUGUCCUAAAGCCACCUGCCGCCCAAGAACCUCCUUCCACCUCAGUGCAUCUACAGGCUGAUACGUGCCCUCCUGAAACUAAAGAGUUUCAAGUUGAAGAGACUCCAGACAUCAUCCUGAUCAAAGAUGAAGAUGACACUGCAGGAUGCGAUCCAAGUCAAAGCCAGAAGAACCGUGCACAAACACAGAACACGGAGCCUGUCGGAUCCUCCCGUCACACAGAAAUCAACGAGGAGCUGAGGAUCGUGAGCGUUCACGGACGAGGACAAGGCCCUCUGCACGACGAGAUGGAUAUUGUCUUUUCCGCGAACGAUCAGGAGGUUUUCAGCACUCAGGAUCUCGCAGUCACUCACGACGGUUUCAUGGGCGUCCCCCUCGGAGCCGGCGAUCGAGCCACAAUGCGAGGGCUGCAGGACGAGAGGAGCGUCCAGUUGGAACGACUCUCUUCCUCUCAGGUCGCUACCGGGAACGGCGGACAUCCCAGCCACGCCGGCCACUUCCCGCCGCUCCCCGCCGUCCAGUCCCAAACCGUCAGCAAGUCCCUGGACUGCAGCUUCUGCGGCAUGCUCUUCGCCAGCCGCGAGGACCUGAUCGUGCACCGCGCCGCCCACACGGGGGAGCCGCCCGUCUCCUGCGCCAUGUGCGGCAAGUCCUUCGCCAACAAGACCACGCUGGGCAUCCACAUGCGCAUCCACACGGGGGAGAAGCCGUACGCCUGCUCGCUGUGCGGCAAGCGCUUCACGCAGAGCGGCAGCCUGAAGAUACACCUGAGGACGCACUCCGGGGAGAAGCCCUACUCCUGUUCUCAGUGCACGGCCAGCUUCAACAACCCCAGCAACCUGCGCCGGCACAUGUUCACGCACAACUCCAACGGCUCCAUCUGGCCGUGAAAUCUUUUUUUAUUCUGGUCUUUAUUUGUCUCAUUGGAGUUUUGACCUUUUUUUCAGGAGUGAAAGGUCCCCUAUUAUUCUACAUAGUAAAUCUUAGAGGUCCCACGACAGUCUAGCCCAGGGGUCGGCAACCCGCGGCUCCGGAGCCGCAUGCGGCUCUUUGAUCACUCUGAUGCGGCUCAGCAGCUUACUUGCUGACCCCCCCAAUUUUCCCGUGAGACUUCCGGAUUUCAGUGCCUCUCGCAGAAAACUCCCGGGAUUAAUAUUCACCGAUUUUCACCCUUUCAGCUAUAAUAAGGGCGUGCCAUGAUGAUACAACAUUUGGCGCCCUCUACAAUCUGUAUUAACAGAGUGCCAGCCCAA